UUUAAAUUAAUGUUACAAAUUAAAAUAACACGAAACGUAAACAUUAUACAAAGAAGUAUUAGAUAUUCGUUAUUAAUUUUUGCACAUUUCAACUUCUGUGAAUAAUGUCAUGGAUAAGAGAUAGUACUUUAACCUGGCUUCAACUUUUGGCUACAAAAGUUUUAAAAACUGGGCACAUUCCUAAACAUGUAGCAUUUAUAAUGGAUGGUAAUAGACGUUAUGCAAGUAAAAAUGGAAUGGAUAAAUUAGAUGGACAUACGAAAGGAUUCGACAAAUUUGCUGAAACUCUACAAUGGUGUCGAGAUCUUGGGAUAGAAGAGGUAACAUUUUAUGCUUUUAGUAUUGAAAAUUUCAAACGAAAACAAGAAGAGGUAAAUGGGCUAAUGAAUCUUGCGGAGCAAAAGUUUCAAAAACUACUCAGUGAAAAAGAUAAAGCUAAAAAACAUGGAUUAUGUGUUCGCAUAAUUGGUAAUUUGUCAUUAUUACCUGAAAAUAUACAAAAAUUAAUAGCAGAAGCUAUGAUGUUCACUGAAGAUCAUAAUAAAGCAUUUCUUAACAUUGCAUUUGCCUACACAUCAAGAGAUGAAAUCACCCACGCAAUUCAAGACAUAAUUGAAGGUGUUGAAAGUGGUGAUAUUCUUUUAGAAGACAUUGAUGAACAUUUAAUUUCAAACUGUUUAUAUACAAAUAAUUCACCGAACCCUGACUUAUUAAUUCGUACUUCUGGAGAAGUUAGAUUUAGUGAUUUUCUAAUGUGGCAAGUAAGUGUAAAAUCCAUUGUAGUUUUAUUUCUUUUUACUCUAAAUCACUAUUUUAUUUCAGAU